AUGUCCGCACAAUUUAUCGAGGGCACUGGACAAUUAGCCCAGGUCAGCGCUGAUUUAGGCGUCUCGCAGGCCGUGAGCCUCCCUGCCCACACUCGCACAAUCAUCACCGGUGGGCAGUGCGGAUUCCGCGAGGACUUGAGCAUAUCGGCGGAUGUUGUUGAACAGGUGAAGCAGCUUGCGCUUAAUGCACACGAGCUCCUGCAGGCGUCGGGUGCUACGGGAGGGUUGAAGGAUGUGUACCAGGUCACUAUCUAUAUGACAGAGAUGUCAGAUGCGUUGAAUACCGCAUGGAAGGAAUUGAAGAACAAGUAUGGCAUCAGGCCGAUCGAAACUGGUGUCACAGUACCUUCGCUUUAUGGCGGGGCAAAGGUUGAGAUGACAUUUUACGCAAUCGGCGGGGCAAAUUGA